GAAAUAUGUCUACGACUACGAAGUGUCCAACAUCAUUGAUAGGGAGGUGGCUGUCAGGUCUAGGUGUUACAGGUCGAUGAAGAAGCGAGAACAGCCCCACUAUUUGAAGAUUGUUUUCCAAGCUGACGGCGCCAAUCUUCAAGAAACCACAUGCAGCUGUACAGCAGGCAAGGUUCUUUGCAACCAUCUAGUGGCCUUGUUGUUCCAGAGUGCCCAUUACAGCAUGUUGCAGGUGAGAGCUGUACCACCUCCUAUGGCCUGCACAAGCUCUCUGCAAACAUGGCAUCGACCAAGGACUAAGGGGAUCCAUGCAGAGCCGGUUCCAGACUUGGUGGUUAGGAGACCAAAGCCAUCCCCCAGGAGUGUAUGCAAAUCAACUCUCUAUCAAGCAUACACAGGAUCCCUCCCUGACCUGCAAGUCUUGUCUCUUGGGGAAACACUGAAAAAUAUCAGGCCUCAACCACUGAUAUCCUCAGUGCUACAUGGCUUGUCUGAAGUCUCCAUGGUAGACUCCAGCUUCGGACCUGUGCCGCGGGGUUCACCCCUGUCCUACCAGUGUCCUCCUGUGGUCAAACUCAGAAAUGAUGUUCAACAUCCAGAUGCACCAUCAUUCCCUAAACUGCCUUUAGAGGGGUCAACGUGUCCCACUACUUUUCCAAAAUUUGCCUCAAACUCCCAACAGUUUCUCCAUUUGGACAGCUUAACUGUGACACAUGAGAUGGCAGCUGAGAGAGAGGAGCAGACACGUGAGCAGUCUGAGUGCCCAUUAUGGCAAGCUUUACGCAAGCCUAGAGUGACAGCUAGUAGGUUCUAUGAGGUUAGCCAUGUGAAAGGACCGUCUUCUGGUCAGACCCUGGCAGGGCGGAUACUUAAGGGUGUACGCCAAACACCCGCAAUGAAAAGGGGCCUUGAUCGCGAGCCGCAGGUGCUGGAACAAUAUUCAAAACAUUGCAAUGUAAAUGUCUCGCGCUGUGGAUUUGUCAUCCAUCCCGAUGCUCCUCACCUCGGGGCUAGCCCUGAUGCGAGAGUAUAUGACCCAAGUGCCGUUCCGUGUUUUGGGCUGGCUGAAGUUAAAUGCCCAGACAUCUCUAACAUUUCUGAGGCAGGACAUGUUAAAAUCGUGAAUGGUCAGGCAAAACUGAAAAAGAAUCACAAAUACCACUGGCAGGUUCAAGGUCAAUUGGCAAUAACUGGAUUGAGUUGGUGCGAUUUUAUAACCGACACUGAGGAAGACUUCACAGUCGAAAGAGUCUGGAGGGAUGAUGAAUUUAUAAAGGAGAUGAAAAAUAAGGUAGACCUGUACUUCUUUGGUACAUAUAUGAAUGUGUAUUUUCAGCAGAAAGUGAAAUGAACUGAAAGAAUAAAAGGAUUUAAUUAAUUCCCUUUCUCUGAGUACAUAAUUUACUACAUUACAUAUUAACAUUUUGAAUACUUUCUGGAUAGACUGACUGGACUUUAAAAUUGAUUAUAGAUGCAAGACUUCUCAUUCAAUUAUAUACAGAAUUACAGCUCCGGGAAAAAUGAAGGGACCACUCCAAAUGUUCAGUGUCUCUCGUUUUAAUAUUUAUUAUGUUUGAGUAAACACUAUUCUACAGGGAUGUAGCCUUUUAAAUCAAGGGGUCCCUGGAAGUUGGUCAACACGCAGCAGACGGUCCACAGCUGGUUGACUGUCCCAGACAAGGUGAGAGGGACAGUGCGAUCCCAGAUGCGGUACUCCUUGACUCGGCGUAUUGCCCUUUCCACAAGGAUUCGAAGUCGGGCGAUUGCUUGCGUCUUCAGAGCAUCCUCUUCGGUGAACUGCGCUGUGGU